AUGCGCAACAGACUCAUGCAAGUGGAGGGAGAGGAGCAGGUCAAGAAAGGAGAGGAGCAGGCCAAGGAGGGAGAGGAGCAGGCCAAAGAGGGUGAGGAGCAGGCCAAGGAGGGAGAGGAGCAGGCCAAAGAGGGUGAGGAGCAGGCCAAGGAGGGAGAGGAGCAGGCCAAGGAGGGAGAGGAGCAGGCCAAAGAGGGAGAGGAGCAGGCCAAAGAGGGUGAGGAGCAGGCCAAAGAGGGUGAGGAGCAGGCCAAGGAGGGAGAGGAGCAGGCCAAAGAGGGUGAGGAGCAGGCCAAGGAGGGAGAGGAGCAGGUCAAGGAGGGAGAGGAGCAGGUCAAGGAGGGAGAGGAGCAGGCCAAGGGGGGAGAGGAGCAGGUCAAGGAGGGAGAGGAGCAGGCCGAGGAGGGAGAGGAGCAGGCCGAGGAGGGAGAGGAGGCAGGUCAAGGGGGGAGAGGAGCAGGCCAAGGGGGGAGAGGAGCAGGUCAAGGAGGGAGAGGAGCAGGCCGCUUUGAAUACCUGGAAUAA